AAGCGCCGCGGCGGACGAGAGGCGAAGGCGGGCUGCGGGGGCCUCGCCACAUCCCCCCCCCGCCCCAGCUCCGGGCGCCGCCCGGCGAGGAAUGAGGUGGAACCAUCGAAAUGAGUUGCACAAUUGAGAAGGCCCUAGCUGAUGCAAAAGCACUAGUGGAGCGACUGAGAGAACAUGAUAAUGCAGCGGAAGCUCUGAUUGAACAAACUACGGCACUCAACAAACGAGUGGAAGCAAUGAAGCAGUACCAAGAAGAAAUUCAAGAACUUAAUGAAGUAGCAAGACAUAGGCCCCGCUCUUCACUGGUACUGGGAAUCCAGCAGGAAAACAGGCAGAUCAGGGAACUACAGCAAGAAAAUAAAGAAUUACGUACUUCUCUUGAAGAACACCAAUCUGCCUUGGAGCUAAUAAUGAGCAAAUACAGAGAGCAGAUGUUUAGGCUGCUCAUGGCCAGUAAAAAGGAUGAUCCAGGUAUAAUAAUGAAGUUAAAGGAGCAGCACUCUAAGGAGCUACAAGAACAUGUGGACCAAAUCACAGAAAUGGCAGCAGUCAUGCGAAAGGCCAUUGAAAUUGAUGAACAGCAGGGUUGCAAAGAACAGGAACGCAUUUUUCAGCUUGAGCAGGAAAACAAAGGACUGAGAGAGAUCCUGCAAAUAACUAGAGAAUCAUUCCUGAAUCUCAAAGAUGACGCAUCAGAAAGUACAUCUCUGUCAGCAUUAGUAACGAACAGCGACUUGAGCCUGAGGAAGAGUUGAAGAUCCUAUGGAAAUUUUGUAUGGCCAACUGCACAUAAGAUCAUAAAGUAUCAGGGUUCACUUGUCAAGCGGCUGUUUCCCAAUGCAGCCUUGACAAGUUAAUGCAUUCUAAAUUAGAUGACAAUUUGAUACUUUUUAUACCAUGUACAGUACAUUCAGAUUUAUUUAAAACUGUCAUUACUGCCCAAUAUUGAUUACCGGAAACAUAAUUUCUGAAGGAAACUGGCUAACAUCAGUUAAAGUUUUGAAAACAGCACCACCCAGAACAGCUGCAAAACUACACACAUGUAUUUAGAAGGUUCAAACUACUCCUAUAGGGUGCUUAGAAAUAUACAUAAAAACAGAAGUUCCUGCUCUCUUGGGCACAUUCACAACAUCAUCUACCCACAUACUUAUUCCAUUCAUGGACUGAACUUGAAGAAAAUCAGUUGUUUUGAACAGUACUGAUUGUCAUACACCUUUAGUCUCUAUCUGCUUCAGGUCAUGUGACAUUUUACAAAUGGGUUGUAUUUAAGAAAAAUAAAAAACAAGGUACCAAAUAAAUUAAUGCAUUGUCUUUUUUUUUAGGUACAAUUCUUUUGUAAAAUAUUGUAAUCUCUGUAGUGAGGGAGAAAAUUGGGUUUUUCUUGCUUGUAGAAAAGAUUGCAACAAUUGUUAAUACCUGUACUCAUUGGUAAUCGAAGUCUGAGGUCUAAGAUCAAUCUGUAGCUAAUAGUUACAGUAUUGUUGCACAUCCAGUGCACUUCUAACAUUAAUUGCCUUUCAAAUAAUUGGUAGUGGCUCCUUACAGUGGAAAGAAAUGUUGGGAGUCCAGGGAAAUAGUUCUUUUUCACUUCACCAAAUAAUGGGUUUAAAAAUACAAGGCUUGCUUUUCAGCUGUAAAUAAAUCAAACCUAGCAAGCCCCACACCUACUUGUAGACAAGGAAGUAAUUAACGAACUUGAGAUUCUAAAUCCACUAUCUUGUAGUCUCUAUACUAUAUUCAUUUUUCAAAGAAAUGUAGAAAGUACAUAAUUUUUCAUAAUAUUUUUCUAGAUCAAUAAUAAUUUUGCUCAGCUAUUUAAUGUGAAGCACUUCAUUUUCUUCCACUAUAAAUUAAACACUGAGGCUUGGAUUCAGGAGCUGUCUAUGGUGUUAAUGUGUUUGCACUCUGGGUUUCCCACUGCAGCUCCCUAUACCCUCUGGGAAGUCACUUCUGAAGAGUUUUCAGAAUGGUGUGUGCAGGGCUGCAGCCGAGGGUGGCCAGAGAAUGGGUUCCCGUUCCCCUGGGGUUUCCAGUUGUGCAUGACACACUUUGGGAUCCAAGCCUAAAUAUAGAAGCCGCUCGUCUACUAAAAUAAGUUGAAGUUUUAGUAAUAUUUUUUUGAAGCACCUGGAACAUUAUUUCUAUGUGUCAGUAAGAUUAAUUUGCUCUGAUAUACUCAACUUUGACCAUUUGUCAACCAGAAACAAAUAUUUGAUAUGAAAUCCCAUUCUUCAAGCAGCAUGAUGGGCUGCAGUUAUUUCUUAAGUACUUUGCAGAAUGUUCCUGUGUAUGAGAGGUAUGCUAUUCUAGUAGUCAUGUGCUAGACAAAGGAAAUUUUAAAGUGAACAGUUUACGGAGGCAAAACUUCAGAAGCAGCAUGAGAUACAUCCUUGAGGAAAUCUAGAGAUAAAUCUGGACAAUUUAGAAACAUGUAGAAAAGCGGUACUUAACUUGGCCUUAAUUUAUAAGCAAAGUAGUAGCUACGCUUUAUUCAUAAUACAAUAUUUUGUUUAGAUUGCAUUCACAAAUGGUACAGUGCACACUCAUCUAAUAAAACUACUUCACCUGCACUAUGAGCCCAAAUAGAAGCCAGUUGGAAUAUCUGUUUAAUCCUAAACAUUUGCAAUGACAUAUGUAGGCAUAGGGCUGGAUUUUUUUGAUGCUAAAAACAUAGCUUUUGAAAAUACAAACUGGUCAAAAUAUGUGACUUCUAUUUCAACUUUAUUUAAAACAUUUUGUCCUUUAUCUCAAUCUGUUUAGUCUGCUCUGGUGUAUGCGGUUAAUUGUGGUAGGCACUAAAGCAACAUUAAAAUAAAUGACAAAUGAACAUAAUUUAUUAUUACUGCAAUGGAAAGGAACUUGUUUAUAAUUUGCCCUUAGAAAUUUUAUAAUCUGACUUUCUCAAACAAAUUGUUUGUCAAAUUAUUAGCCUAAGCACAAACCUUUUGUAUACAUUUUUUUUCUUCCAGGUGGACAAGAGUGGAAUUUCUAGAAGCUCUACUUAAUCCUCUCUGUAAAUUAUGAAAUAUUUAUGUAAAUAGUUUAACAAAAACUUAUUUUCAUUAUAUUUGGAGUGUAAAAUACUAACUAAAAUGCAGUCAUCUCCAAGCUUGUGGAAUGGAUGUAGUAGUAAACUCACCAGUAAUUCUGUACGGAAAAAGAGGCUUGACUAAUGAUUUGUAACUGUAAAUUAUUGUGAUUGUCUAGUUCAGAUCUCUGGUUGUCUUGAGUAUUAUUCUUUUGCAUGCCCAAAGCAGCAUAACUUUCUCGGAAUGUGGCAUGAGUUUUCCUUAUAUCAUUAUUUUUGUAAGGCUUGUAAUGACCUUGAAAUGCAUCCUGUACAGUAAACUUAUUUUUGCCAGUAUUUUGGGUCAGGUAGCUGUUUCAGCCAUUCAAGUUUUGUCAAAUACCAACAUGAAAUGUCUGUUCUGGUACAGCUGCCUCAGCUCCUAGCAACCAGCACCCCCUGGCCAGCUCCAGUGGCACCAUUCGUCUGGGGAGCUUAUAGCCAGAGCUGCUGCAACGAACAGCUGUGCAAGCCUUUGGGAGGCAGAAAUGAGAGAGGGCAUCAGAGGCGGAAAGAGGGACAGAGACUAGUGUUGCCAUGGCCCUCCUGACCACUGUUCAAGGCACCCCAGGGUGCCACGGCACACUGGUUGGAAACCACUGCUUUAAGAAGCCCAUCAGGUUGAGGAGGACCUUUUUUUUCCAGUGGUGGCACCAGUUGCAGUAUUCCAUUGUCAAGAAAGCAGCUGGAAAAAGCAUGCAGAGACCACAGCCCUGUUUACCAUAACACACCCCACCCCACCCCAGAUACUCACUAAGCCUGCUGUGGCCUGGAGCUGGUUGUAUAAAGUGCAGAUGGCCAAUUGCUGAAUGGACACAGCUAUGGAAAAACUCCAUCAGAACUUGGUGGCUGCCCACAAAAACAAGCCCUGCCACAAGUGUUAGGCCACCACCACUGGCGCUGCCAAAUGGACUUAAUCCCUUUGGGUUACCCCUCAGAAGAGUCACAGGACAGGAGUGCCACUCAUCUUGAUUUCCAAUCACCAUGAAGUUUGCACCGAGAUAGACUAGGGGGCUGAGGUCACCUGGGUGAGAGGCAGGAGAAUGAGAGGGGUUGAGUGGGUAGGUGUGAUGGAAGAAGGGGUGUGCGGUACAAUCAGUAUGCAAUUAUGGCACUGAUAUUGUUACAUAGCACUUUAUGAGAUGUUGCUAGCAUGUUACUCACUAGCACACACCUUGUAGCAUUUAUAUGAAAUCCCAGUUUGCAUAUUGUAAUGGAUUGUAUGUUUGGGGGGGUCAUGGGUUGGGUUGUUUUUACCAUUUUAAUGUUUUUUAUAUCCUGUAACCCCCUUUGGUACUGUCUAGUAAAAUGUUGAUAAAUACAAAAUAACUCCACCUUUCUGGUUCCCCCCUCCAACCCCUUUAGUGGUCCCCUAAAGACUUUUUAUUCUGCUAAAUGUUUUAAUAUGCACUUUAUCUGAUGUUAAAACAAAUGAACGCCAUUUUGUAAACAUUUUUAUUGCAAAACUGCCUUUGAGAAAUUGCCCUAAAAUGUUGGGAUAGAAAUAAAGAAGUACGACCAGUAA